UUUCCCAACACCCCCUCCCUUCCUUCUCCCUGUUUCCCUUCCCCCUCAGUAUUCCCCUUCUCAGUGUCUCAGUUCUGCAGUAAACGAGACUGAAGCACAUUCCGGCUUUGCAAAGCUUGCUGUUUGGGGAUAUAUUAUGGCUUUUGUUUGGAUCGAAACAUACAGAAAUUUCAGCUACUCAGAGGAGACACAUUGCAACUCCUGCUGAAGUCCCUAACCUUCUUCCCUUCUCUUCUGCCCCUUCCCCCUACCCUCACUUGGCUUGAAGAGAGUGUCCCUGAGGUUGGCCUCAUCCCUGGUGCUAUGUACAAAGUGAAGUUGCCACUAUGGCCAUUCCCAGGACUGGCUGCAAAGCUGCUGUAGGCUCUGGAUGCCACCAGGAAGGUACAGAGCAGUCAUAUUUAAGGGGGAAUUACACUGCAAGAAACAUACAAGGAGGGCAGCACCUGGAGUAAGUGGAUCGAGACUCCUCUGGUGUCAUUCCCCACUCAGCCCAUGACAAUGACAGCAGCUGUUCCUCUGGGAGGCUGAAGCAUGAAGUGAAGACGCUAUUGCAGCCCUCAAGAUGAACUCCACCUUGGAGAGUAAUCAGACCAGCCGUCCUUUUUGCCUUCUUGCAAUUAACUAUUUGGAGACUAUCAAUUUUUGCCUCUUGGAAGUAAUGAUCAUUAUUUUUUUAACUGUGCUGAUCAUUUCUGGCAACAUCAUUGUGAUUUUUGUUUUUCAUUGUGCACCUUUACUAAACCACCACACUACCAGCUAUUUUAUCCAGACUAUGGCAUAUGCUGACCUCUUGGUGGGAGUGAGCUGCCUGGUCCCUUCCUUAUCAUUACUCCAUUAUCCCCUUCCAUUGGAGGAAUCCUUGACCUGCCAAAUCUUUGGCUAUGUGGUGUCAGUGCUAAAGAGUGUCUCUAUGACUUCUCUGGCCUGUAUCAGUAUUGACAGGUACAUAGCAAUCACCAAACCCUUGACCUAUAAUACAUUAGUCACACCCUGGAGACUCCGAAUUUGUAUCUUGGUGAUUUGGCUCUAUUCUACCCUGGUUUUCCUACCUUCUUUCUUCUACUGGGGUAAACCUGGAUAUCAUGGAGAUGUAUAUCAGUGGUGUGCUGAAUCCUGGUCCACUGACCCUUAUUUCACUUUCUUCAUUGUGAUGAUGCUUUAUGCCCCUGCAGCUUUCAUUGUGUGCUUUACCUACUUCAACAUUUUCCGCAUCUGCCAGCAGCAUACCAAAGAAAUUAGUGAAAGGCGAGCACGUUUCAGUAGCCAGAGUGGAGAAGCUGGGGAGGUACAGUCCUCUCCAGAUAAGCGCUAUGCCAUGGUCCUGUUCCGCAUCACCAGUGUCUUCUAUAUUCUCUGGCUGCCGUACAUCAUUUACUUCUUGCUAGAGAGUUCUGCUGGUUUCAGCAAUCGCACCGCAUCCUUCUUGACGACCUGGCUUGCCAUCAGUAACAGCUUCUGCAACUGUGUCAUUUACAGUCUCUCCAAUAGCGUUUUUCAGAAGGGGCUGAAGAGACUCUCAGGGGCUGUAUGUACCUCCUGUAUAAAGCCAACAACAGCCAAGGACCCUUGUCCUUCUAAGAGCAAAGGACCCCCUAAUGGAUGCCAUGUCUGAAAUAGCUCUCAGCAUGUCUGUGUUGCUGGGUGUUUUUCUUUCCAGGUAUUUCUUAGUCGAUUAGAAAAUUUGGAACAAAAAUCACAUCAACUUAACUUCUGUGUUUAAAACAAGAUUUUUUUGAUUAGUGUUUUUGGGCCAUAAGAAUUAAAACAAUGAACAUAAAUUGUUGGAUACGAUUUUUGAAACGUCAAGGAAAUUAUUCUGGUUUUGAAAUAAAUCAUGCCAUGUCAAGUACUUCUCUGCAGUUGGCAUGACUGCAUCGGGUUACAGGGUAGCUUCAUCAUCGAGGAAGAGUCUUCAUUUUGUACAGCUUUACUGUGUUCUUUCCAGAUAUUUAUGUAAUAUGUGUAAAUGGUUUCUGUGGACAAAGAAUGUCCAACUGUGGAAGUGAAUUCUAGGAAUCCUUAUGUUUGCCAAAGUAUAACUUCACUGCACAUUUCAACACUGUCAAUUGGGCCAAGGUAGGGAGAGUGGCAGAUUUUUAUGUCUCUCUUCCCUGGAAUGAGAGCUCUCCACAGACUGAAUAAUGUGAACUCUUGAAUAUUAACUUUAUAAAUUUGCAAUGAGCCGUGCAAUAAUCAUACAAUCAAGUCAUGAGGUUGAUAAGAAGCUGAGCUAGCCUCAGCAGUGUGCCCUGCUUCACAGCUCUCUAAAGAAACAUUAUGCAGGGAUGUGAUUUAAUUUACAGGAUUUGACGUGUCUGUGUAUGUGUGUGUGUGUGUGUGUGUGUGUGUGUGUGUGUGUGUGUGUGUGUGCGCUCUGUGAAUGUUUGAAUUCAACCAAAUAUAUCUAUUACAAUAAAAUGUAUUUUAGUAAGCUAAAAAACAGUUAUCUUUAAUGACAUAAUUGUGGCUGCAGUUUUGAUCAUGUUGUUAAGUAACAAAUGUGUUGUUAAAAUCUUAUGAGAAAUGAUGUUUGUCUUGCUCAUUUUAUCCAAAGACUUUUGAGACCUUAUCUAUUGUAACAUCAGGGAAAAGAACAGAGACUGAGGGAAAGAAAAUACUGUAUCUUAGGCUAUAGAGUUAAAAAGAACUGAAAGCAUCUAUUUAAGGCUUAUUUUUGGUCGUGAUUAAACAGAACCAAUGAAGACAACAGCAGCUAAUUCCUUUUUGGAAAUGUUUCUGUUGCUAGUUAAACAGUAAUAUAAAUGUUCAUUUUGGGAAAAUGGUGUUAAGGAAUUCUUAUUUGAAAAAAAAAGGAGAGUUACAACUAAGCAAGGGCUGAUUUAUUGCUUCUCUGCUUACUUGAGGGGGGGGGGGUGGUCCUUAUUCCCUAAAAAACUGUCCUUUUAGCCAGAGUAUAUAACUAUAGGUUUGAAAUUUGAUUCUGUAGAGCUACUGUUCUAGAGAAUUGAUGUCUGAUGGUUUGUUUUUUAAACAUAUCUUGUUUUGUAAACCAGAUAUUUAAUGGAUUCAUGGUUUCAUCAUAAAGGGUACUUCCUUUCUUUACGCAACCCUUUUACUUUGAGUUACCAUGCUUGAAAACAUUUGUCUUCUUGUGACCAGGCUUCUGUUGAUGCCCUUUUUGCAUUUAGCUAAGCUGGUUUCUUAGACAACAGACAUAGAGUCUGUCAGCAGCCUCAUUCUUAGUAGGCCUCCUAGAGCUUUUGCUCUGCUGAUAUACUCUUUGAAAACUCAGGGCACCUCCACACUACAUUUCAGCAUCAGAAAAGGAUUUUAUUAGAGGAAUCAGAAGGUACAUUCUCACUGGAGAGUAAGCAUUCCCUAAGAGCUAAGUGCUUUGUCAUAUUCACUUUAUUUUUUUAGAGGGAGUCUUCAGAGAGGGUGUCUAAUAGCUGCCAUUUGGCUAGACAUAGUAUGAAUAAUAAUGAAAGCAACUCACAUUUCUGUAAAGCUUUACUAUUAAAAUACUUUCCUCAAAACCAUCCUGUGAGAGAUCAGUAAUGUGAAUAUUAUUCCAAUUUUACAGAUGAGAAAACUGAGGCUCAGAGAUGCAAAGUGGCCUGCCCAGAGCCACUUAAUUUCAAAAAAGCAGUUAUGUAUCAGAUCCAUGACUCAAAUUUAGACUCUAUCUCAUGAUUCUUCCAGUGUCAUAGUUGCCUCUACCUGUAUUGAUGUUGUUCAAUGUGAUGAAAAAAAGGGGAGGAGGGAUAGAGUCCGGUAUUCAUCUGAAUUAUUUCACGGCUCUAAGAAAGGACGGUGGGACAUUGAUAAAAUAUGUAGACAGGUUUUUUGUGUAUUUUUUUAAAUUUUUCUACCAGCAUCCUUAGAGCCUCUGGAAAAAUAGCUCAUUUGUGGUUUAUAAGAUUUUUAUGUUGUCUUAACAUAUAUGGCAUGUUUCAAUUUAUAGUCUGUACUAUGCUGUUAUGCAGAAUUAAUUCUCACACGAUUGAGUAUUUAUUAAAACCCAGACUUCAACUUC